AUGCCGCUCCCUCCUAUCUAUAGGGAGUCUGCUCCCGCCGUAGCCAGCGAAAUGGCGCCGGCAUCACGCGACCACUUCCCUUCGCAUCGCGACGACGACCGCUUUGGCAGAAGCAUAUCCAUGAACAUCCCCGGUGUUGACUCGAGACCCGACGCUCCGCCACCACUACCACCCCCUCGCAACCCGCCCUGUACCGACAAACCACAUCGAAGCGACGAAAUGUUUGGCAACAGAAAGGAUCUGUACCAUCACAACCAACCUUCGCUUGGGUCCAGUGGGUAUGGAAGCGCUGCCUCGUCCGUGGCGGAGGAUCGGUUCAGGGCUAGGUUCGCCAGAGAGGACCGUGACGAGGGUUACUCCAGCUGGUCAUCCGUUGACAAGUCUUCGGAUUCAUAUCCCUCCGGCUUUCGACUGCACAGCAAUUACCAGUUCAGACCCCCGGCCGAGAUACAUGGCGACAGCAUGAAACAGAAGCUCAACCCUCUGCGAAUGCCGGAAAAGUCUGUUGGUGCGCCGUUCUUGACGGUCGACAAGCUGCGUCCGAGGCCUAUGCUCGAAGCACGGCAGCCGCCCGAACUGGCCAUGCCUACAAAUUUGCCCAUGCACCAGCGUAUACUCGACUCUCCUACCGAUACGCCCCUGUUCUCCGCUAUAUCACCUCGCUCCGCCCCCUUUGGACACUUUGGCGGGGAUUACCGCUCGCCGCGCGAGACCGACGCCGAAAAGUCUCCACAGGGCCGUAGCUAUCGCACCAACAGCGACGACGCCUCGUCUACACAGGGAAGCUAUGGGUUUGGCGGACAUGAAGAUAUGGAAUUGGAGGACUCCAGCUCGCUGAAGAGACUGCAUAUGGACGACAGCUACGGCGCGGGAGGCCAGGGACAGAAGCGCCGGGCACCUAGCCCUUUGAGUAUGGACAGCACAGCGACAUCCCAUGUCGAAUACGCAUGUCGCCGGGAGGGAAGGACUCGCGGGUCGCCCACACCAAGGCUUACCGCCAAUGGGUCUAUGCCCACGGUCUCACGCUCCGACUCGUACUUAUCGUCGGCGUCCUUGGCACCGACCUCUACUGCGACCAUGUCGACAUUUGAGCAUCGCUCGCCAGGAGCGUAUUCAUCCGGGACUGUGUCCCCAACGUCAGCUACCUCGCCGUACGCCACAACCGCGUCCUUGAACCCCAGCCCCAAGUCUUCCGCCUCAACGAGAGCCCCAGGGCACGGCAGAAACACUUCAAGCGUUGCGGCUCGCAGGGUACCAAGUCAGCCGCAGGCUGCUCACACCAGUCUGCAGUCAUUUGGGCCAAGUAUGAAAUUAUCCGUGCUGAUGUGCGAAUGUUGCCCCAAGAAACCCAGGAAGUUUGAGACGGAGGAAGAACUCAAGGCGCAUACCGCAGAGAAACAGUACAACUGCCAGUACUGCGGCAACCGCUUCAAGAACAAGAACGAAGCUGAGCGGCAUCAAAAUUCACUGCAUGUGAGAAGCCACUCGUGGUCCUGCUCGGCGCUUUCCGCUUACGAAAACGCCUUUCACGAAGCAACAGCUCGCCCUGGCGAAGCCGACACCUGUGGCUACUGCGGCGUCGACUUUCCACGGUCAGGGGUGGCACCCAACGGUAGCAAGGUUGCGACGCAGAGCGACUGGGACGAGCGCGUCUUCCACCUCAACGAUACUCACAAAUUUGGCCAGUGCAAUUCGUCGAAAAAGUUUUAUCGGGCAGACCACUUCCGCCAGCAUCUCAAACACAGCCAUGCAGGCGCCAGUGGGAAAUGGACCAAUCUACUUGAGAAUGCCUGCAUGAUCGAAGAGGAGCCGCCGGUGGCACCGGCGCCAAGAUGA